AUGCGAGACCCCGAAGUCCCCUCAGACGACAGUUCCGAGGAACAAGAGGAUGACGAGGAAGAGGAGCGGAGGAUACGCGACGGAUUCAUAGUGGACGAGGAAGAAGAAGAGGAGGAGGAAGAUGACGAAGAGGAAAGGAGGAGGAGGCGCAAGCGGCGAAAGAGAAAACAUCGCCGCCGAGAGGGGGAGGAAGAUGCUCUGGAGGAAGACGACCUUGAGCUUCUUGAAGAGAACACAGGAACCUCCUUCAGAAAUCGUCUUACGCGUCUCCGUCGCGGUGGCGAGUCAAGCUCUCAUUCUAAACGGAAGGCUGUCGUUGAAUCGUCCGACGACGACUUGGACAACGAUGACCUUGAGCUCCCUCAGGUCCAAGACAUCCAGCGGAUCUGGGACGACGACCGUGGUGGGGGGCGUGAUGAGGAGGAGGACAUGGAUGACUUCAUCGACUACGAAGACGAUGUAGAAGGCGCUGACGAGCAAGAACGUGAAGCGCGUCGACUGGAGAGAAAGAAACGCGAGCGCGAACGACGGAAAGCGUUGGGCCCGAAUCAACUCGCCGGAAUUGAAGCAGACGCUUGGGAUGAAAUCCAUGACAUCUUCGGUGAUGGUCAUGAGUACGACUGGGCGCUGGCAGGCGACGACGCGUUGGAGCUGGACGAAGAUCACUUGAAAAACGAGACGAGAUAUCAAGACGUUUUUGAACCAUCUGAGUUGCGCGCACGUAUGCUGACAGAGGACGACGAUCUAAUCAGAGCUCGGGACAUCCCUGAGCGUAUGCAGCUUGCUACCUCGUCUAUGUCUGAUUCGGCUACUCUCGCUCUAACCUCAACGCUGACCGAAGCGGAUAUCGAUGAUGCCGCAAUGUGGGUGACCGUGCGCCUUUCUCCCCACAAAACCCGCGACUUCUUCAGUCCGGAUGGGCCAUACCAUCAGUAUAUGCAGCAUCUCGUCAUGGCUGUGUCCUACGCCCUCCGAUACCUCUUCGUCCACGAGUAUGAGGUUCCCUACAUCUGGACCCACAAGCGCGACUACAUCUCGUACUUUGAGAAAACAGACAUGAGGACACGGAUCGAACUUAUCAGUCUUCCCGAGCUAUGGCGCAUCUAUGCUCUUGGUCAGAAGUACCGCUCUAUGGUGGAGAGGAAGCAGGCGCUCAGCGUGGCGUACCAGCGGCUUGGUGUCCAGGAUGACUACUUUGAGCAGAACAUCACUCCAAAGGUGGACAGUGUGGAGGUCGUGGCUGACGCUACGGAAUGGUUGUCCAUGCGGUACAAGGUGCAGAAGAAAGACGCACUGGAACUUCACUUCCACGACGAUGACGAACAACCAGAGGGUCGUAAACGCAAAGCUCCCAGUAGGCUAUCCGCUUAUGAAGUUGCAAAGAAGACCAUCGCUUCCAAGCUUGCAGAGCAGGGUUUUGGUAUAAAAGCUCACGAAGUCGUGCUCAACUUCGUGUCCAGCAACCAAACACACUUCGUCGAGGAUCAGGACCUCAACCCCAUCGCGUUUGCGGAACGUUUCACUGAACCAGAGCAAGGCAUUGCUUACGCUGGUCCUGAGGAGCUAUUGCGACGCGCGCGCAUGAUCCUAUCGACGGAGUUGGGGAAGGACCCAAUACUUCGUCAAGAGAUACGAGAGCUCUUCAAGCACGAGGCCGAGAUAUCGGUUCUACCAACAGAACGCGGACUUAGUAAGGUCGACGAGCACCAUACAUACUUUAACUUCAAAUACCUUAGCCACAAGAGCAUCGGCCUUAUGCUCGACAGUCCGCAGUUUUUAAACAUCUUGGCGGCUGAAGCAGAACUCCUUGUAAACGUCUCUAUCGUCUUACCCAACGAUGUCAAGGCUCGUUUCGAGCGACGCCUCAUGGAUGCCUUUUCCUCCGAUAGUUACAGUGACACAGCCAAGGCAUGGAACGCUGAGCGCUCGCGUGUAGUAACCGAGGCCAUGGAGCAGCACCUUCUUCCUGUGGGUGCUAAGUGGGCUCGCGAAUGGCUUAGAGAGGAAGUCGAGGAUGCCCUGGCGCUUCAUUGUGGUAACGAACUGAAAUCACGCAUCGAUAUCGCACCGUUCUGCACGGCAGACAUGCAACCAGGAGAUACGUGCUCUGUUCUUGCCAUGUCUUGGGGUAAGGGUGACCCUCAAAAGGACGCCAUCACUAUGGUGUUUUUGGACGAGGCCGGUCGCCUGCGUGAGCACACCAAGAUUGAUAACCUGGUUGACGAAGACUAUCGAGACGAGUUCCUCGAUAUCCUCAAGCGGAGGCGACCUGAUGUCAUUGUCAUUGGCGGCUUCAGCAUGGCUACAACGAAACUAUCUUCACGUGUUAAAGAUAUCGUGCAUGGACGACGUCAACAAGAAGGCCCCCCUACAGAUGCAUGGAGCCAACCACAGGCCCCCGCGCCGCCAAAUGAGCAGGCUUUCAACAUCCCAGUCAUCUAUGUAAAUGACGAAGUUGCUCGCAUCUAUCAACAUAGUCGUCGAGCUGCCGAGGAGUUCAGUGCUCUAUCCUCCAUAGCGAAGUACUGCAUUGGACUUUCACGGUAUGUUCAAAACCCGCUGAACGAAUACGCUGCCAUGGGAUCGGAUAUCACUGCCAUUGCACUUGAAGAAGAACAUCAAAAUCUGGUGCCUAAGGAGAAGCUUCUGUUCGCAUUGGAGCGUGCUAUAGUCGAUAUCACGAACAAAGUUGGCGUAGACAUCAACCGAGCUGUCAACGAGUCAUACUACCAGCACUUGCUCCCCUUUGUUUGCGGUCUUGGACCCAGGAAGGCUCAAGUUUUAGUCAAGAAAAUUGCAGCUAUGGGAGGCAACCUAGUCAAUCGAGAACAGUUCAUCAAAGCGUCACUACUUACCACGAAGAUUUUCCUCAAUGCCGCUGGUUUCCUCCGCAUCACCAAUGACCCAGACAUGAAACCCGCCAAGGGUCGUCUCGCCGAUGACGAUGUCCAGGAUCCAUUGGACGACACUCGGAUUCACCCAGAGGACUACGAGUUGGCUCGUAAGAUGGCCACCGACGCCUUGGAACUUGAUGAGGAGGAUAUACACGAUGAACACCCCUCGCACGUCGUUUCAUUGAUCAUGCGCGACGAAGACAACGAAAAGAAGCUGAACGAUCUUAACCUGGACGAAUUUGCUGUCAACAUGUAUGAAGCAAACGAGGAUAGGAAACGGCAUACUCUCAACGUCAUUCGCCAAGAGCUUCUCAGGUCAUUCGCCGAACAACGAGGACCUUUCCCGCUCAUGAAGGAAUGGGAUGUUCUGACCAUGUUGAGCGGUGAAACCCAGCGUACGCUGAGGAUGGGUUUCAUCAUCUCUGUUCUGGUUGUGCGGCUGACUGCCAACUUUGUCUCCGUCCGCUUGGACUCCGGCAUAGAGGGUGUCAUCAACAUCGAAUAUGUCACGGAGGAGGGCAAUAUUCACCCGGACAAAGUGCUGAAGAAGGGUCAAACCAUCGCUGGUGUUGUUGUUGAUGUCAAGUUGAACCUCGACGCUGACCAAUUCUACGUUGAGCUCUCUGCGCGAAAGUCAGACCUCAACUCCGGAGAUGCCAUCUUCCGCCGUGUCAAACACGAUGAAGACUGGAACAAAACACAGUAUGAACGCGAUGUGGAAAUGCAAGUUCGUAAGAAACGCGCGGAGGUGGAUCGUACCAGACGGGUCAUCAAACAUCCUAAUUUCCAUAAUUUCAAUGCUAGUCAGGCGGAAGUGUACCUGGACAAGCAACAGCGUGGGGAUGUCGUCAUCAGACCAUCCUCGAAGGGUAUAGACCAUUUGGCUGUUACGUGGAAAGUCGAAGACAAGCUGUAUCAGCACAUUGAUGUUACGGAGAUCAACCCCGAUCCCAGUGGGCAAGGGCUUGGCACUCUCCUUGUCGUCGACGAGAGGCACCAAUAUGCUGAUUUGGAUGAAUUGAUCGUAAACCAUGUGCAAGCCACUGCGCGCAAAGUUGAAGAGCUAAUGGCACACGAGAAAUUCAAGCAUGGCCCUGAGGAUGAACUUCAUCAUUUCCUCAAGAAUUUUGUCGCGGCCAAUCCAUCAAAAAGUAUCUACGGCUUUACGCUCAACCGGCGCAAACCAGGGCAUUUCAACCUUUGCUUCUUGGCUAACAAAAACGCAUCGGUUCAAAUUUGGCCUGUUCGAGUUACGCCCGAGGCUUAUUGUUUAUUUGAAGCUGAAGUCGCUGGAGUUCCGGAGCUCUGCGAUGCUUUCAAAGUCAGGUGCGAUAUCUAUGGCAAAGUCUCUGUUCGGCCACAUCUGACGAAUGCUCAGGCAUCUCCAUCAAUCUCAAAACCUUGCCGCCGCCGCCGCUGGGGGCAAAACUCCUUAUGGAGCUGGUGCCCGUACGCCAGCUCGGACACCUGGCCAUGCAACUCCCGGACGCAUGUCCGUCCGUCAGCCUGCACCUGCCCGGACUCCUAA